AUGGGAAGGUUAUAUUUAUUAGAUUAUGGUGCUGGAAACGUUCGUAGUUUGGUGAACGCUGUGAAUUCUCUGGGAUACGAAAUAGAAUGGGUUAAGGAACCCGAAGACAUUUUGAAAGCAGAAAAACUGAUUUUUCCAGGUGUUGGUGCAUUCGGUAGCGCAAUGGAGUCUUUAGCAUCUAAAAAUUACUCGGAACCUUUAAAAAAAUACAUCUCAUCGGGAAAACCGUUCAUGGGAAUAUGUGUCGGCUUGCAAACUUUAUUUGAUAGUUCUGAAGAAAAUCCACAUGUUCCUGGAUUAGGAAUCAUUCCGGGUACCGUGAAACUUUUUAAUAAAUCCGACAAAGCAGUACCACAUAUGGGAUGGAACGAAGUAUCUUUCCUCAAGGAACUUGAAAACGGCGACGAAGAUCAGCGCCAAAAUUUUCAUUAUGGCAUUCGAGAAGAAUCCGUUUACUACUUUGUUCAUUCCUAUGCAGUACCAUUUUCCGAUGAACUCAAGGAAUGGACACUCGCGACCACCCAGUAUGGUAAGGAAAUGUUUGUCAGUGUAAUUCAAAAAGACAACAUUUUCGCCACACAAUUUCAUCCUGAGAAGAGUGGAUACGCGGGCCUACGAAUUCUGAAAUCUUUCUUGCAAGGAAGUGGCAUUGUAGACGUCUCCGAUCAAAAUAUAGUAACAAAAGAUCUAGUAUUACUAUCACACCAUCGCUUCACCAAAAGAAUAAUCGCCUGCUUAGACGUGAGAACUAAUGAUCAAGGGGAUUUGGUAGUAACUAAAGGCGACCAAUAUGACGUACGAGAACGUAAUGACACAAGCACCUCGGGACAAGUUCGUAAUCUUGGAAAACCUGUUGAUUUGGCACGUCGAUACUUUGAAGAGGGGGCUGAUGAAAUUACAUUUUUGAAUAUUACAAGUUUUCGCAACUGCCCCCUAGCCGACUUACCUAUGUUGGAAAUUCUAAAGCUUACAUCCGAAACAGUUUUCGUUCCUUUAACUAUUGGCGGAGGUAUUAGAGAUGUCACCGACCCAAACGGUAAAUAUUACACUGCGCUUGAAGUGGCCGGCGAAUAUUUUAGAUCUGGUGCAGAUAAAGUCUCGAUUGGUAGUGAUGCGGUAUAUGCCGUUGAAAAAUAUUUAUCCAACAAUUCAAAAUUAUCCGGCGACACUGCCAUUGAAACUAUUGCUCAUGCUUACGGAUCUCAAGCGGUUGUGAUUUCCGUCGACCCAAGGCGCAUUUAUGUCAAAUCUCCAAACGACGCACCUGGACAUCACGUGAUAAACACGAAAUAUCCAGGUGGUCGAGAAGGGAGGGACGUUGACGUCCAUCAAUUGGUAACCGCAUGUGAAACUAUGGGUGCCGGCGAAAUACUCCUUAAUUGUAUGGAUAAAGAUGGUACAAAUUCUGGAUACGAUCUUGAAUUGAUACAGGAUGUUAAAAUGGCUGUCAAGAUACCAGUUAUUGCCUCAAGUGGAGCUGGUAAGUUGGAGCAUUUUUCCGAAGUAUUUUCUGAAACUAAAGUUGAAGCUGCUCUUGCGGCCG